AUGAACGUUGAAUAAAUUUUACAAGGUCUCAAUCCAAAUACUACUAACAUAAAUUUAGAGUUUAGGUAUGAAAUAUCAAUCAUAAUAAGGUAACUUGAUAGCAUCAAUCAUUUAGUAGAGAAUUUCGCUAGAUUCCAAAGAUUAAAAUAUGUAUUAGAUAUUUCCUAAUUUAAGAUUAAUCUCCAAGGUAAUAACCUGACUCAGUUGAGUAAUAACUUAGCCAUUCUCUAUAUUGAAGAAUUGGAUGUAUCAUAAAACCCUUUAGAUUUUGAAAUUGUCAUCAAGCAAUUAUAACAAUUAUCAAAACUAACGAAAUUGCACAUUACAAUAAAACCUGAAGAAGCCUAAAUAAUAUAGGAGAAUUUGCCAUAAUUGAGAUUUCUUAACAAUCGUGAAAUCAAUCCUGUUGUUUUCAAAUAAAAAGAAUUAGAAUAAUAUGCGAUCCAAUUUGAGAAAUUAAUAGAGAUUACAAAGGAUGACAGAAUGAGAAAUCUGUUUGAUGAACAUGUCAAAAACGUGAUGAAGGAUCUCUCAUUACGAUUAUCAAAAGACUUACCAGUGUUUAAAGCAAAAACUCAUGUGUUAAGAGCAAAAUAUGCUCUUUAGGAAUUAAACUUUAAUAUGAUAAUUGAAUAUGCUCAAAGUUUGGAUCAAAAGGUGGGUGCAUUCUUUCAGAUGGUUCAUGAUGAUCAUGCAAAUAUUUUUAAAGAAUUAACCAACAUCAUAUUGAGUCAAGAUGCAAUUAAUCCAGUGAGUUAAUAUAUCGAAAAAUUGGAGAAACAAGAAUACUUGAUAAAACAAUUAGAAUCAGAUUUAUAAGAGUAACAACAAACAAUAUAAAUGUGUUAAGAAGAGAACUAAAAAUAUUUGGAUCUUAUUAUUAGACACGGCAAAGCUAGUUAUGAUUCAAAAUAACCACAUCAAAAUUUGUAGUAAUAGUAACAGUAAGCCUUGAAACCUACCAACAAAAGAAUAGAUACAUCAGCAAUAAAGGAGAAAUCUCUACAAAGUAGUCUAUAGAAUGAGGGAUCGCUUUUGUCGACUGCUAAAUUAAUACCUUUAAAAUAGUUAAAGGAAUAGAUUUAGGAAAUUUAUGAUUCAAAGGCUAAAUAUGACUAGAAAUGUUAGGAGACCAAGCAAGCAAGGGAAACAAUGGAAUAACAUAUGUACACAUUUUUGAAUUAAAAGUAUGGAUUAAAGGUAUAUUUUACAAUAAUGUAAAUUAGAAUAUAAUAAUUGAAUAGGCUAGUACAUUAAUUUAGAGUGUGAAAAGAUUAAGUUAGGAAGACAACGAUGUGUGUGUGUUUGGUAAAAUACUCAGAAAUGAAUGCGAUGAAGAAUUUAGAUAUGUGCAGAUUUAGGUUAAACAAACAAUUGCAGAAUUGUUGCGUAUGUUUCUGAGAUAGAAGAAUCCUUUGAAAAAUAUGACUGAUAUCAAAGAGAUGUGGAAUCAAAAGAUGCAAAAUUAUCUUAGCUUUGAUGAAUGUCAGGAGAUCGUGAAUUACAUGUACAAUUAAGAGGAUAGUUAAGUGUUAUUAUAAAAGUUGAAUUAAAUCAAAUUAUAAGGGAACAAAUUAGAAUAUUGUUAAUUUGUCACUUCAAUUUUAGACUUUUAAUUGUUUACUCAUGAGAAAUACUUAUAAAAGUUUCUUAAGUUAUUCAGAUAAGUGGAUGCAGAGAAAAAAGGAUAUUUGACAGAUGUAAAAUAAAUUUUAUCUUAAAGGUGUAAUUUAGAUAAUUAAUGAAUUUGACAAAUCUGAAUUUGAGUGAAGAUGAAAUAAUUAAAUUUAUGUGCAUACUGGAUCCAUUUAAUACUUAGCAAAUGACAUUUUCUUCUAUUGUUUCAUUACUUUCCAGCGUUGGUAGAAAUCAAGUGACUUUAUUAUAAAAAAUUUAAUGA